CCCCCCAGUGGGAGAAGAAAAGGAGAGGCAGAAGAGCCAAGAGCCUUGUUUUCCUUUCCUCCUUUCUUCCUCUUUCCGGAUUUCUCUCUCUUCUGCUUCUGUUCCUGCUUCUACCGUCUCCUUUACACCGACUAACCUCUUGAUAUUAUACUCCCACUUAUCGUAAACAAAGACACUCCAUCACCAUGAGUAUCUCCAAACACUCCGCAGAGCGGGUUGCUGGGCGGGAACACAUCCCCCUGUACCCCAAUGGCUUCAUUGCCAUCCGCAUCGUGCAACUGGUUCUUGCCUUGAUGGUCAUUGGUCUGGCUGCCUUUGGCCUCUCGGUGUCUGCCUUCGAUGGCGACAUCUUCAUCAUGGUCGUUGGCAUAUUCACCUUGAUCGUCACCAUCUACCACCUGGUCGCCUGGUACAGCGCUCCCCACGCGUACAACUACUGGGCCGUCCUCGCCCUUGACAUCUUCCUGAUCGUCAUGUGGCUGGCCUCCUUCGCGCUCCUCGCUUCCGAGGUCGCUGACUUCUUCUCGAUUGCUUCUUACUACGGCGGCAUCAGCUACUUCGACAUGGAGUCGGAAGCCUGGCUGGACUGCAUGGCCGCCGCUUCGGGUCUAGGCGGCGCCGAGUUCGUCCUCUUCGUCGUCUCCCUCGUAAUCCACAGCAUCAGGCUCCACCGCCACCGCUCCGUAGGCCUGCACUGCACGCCCGGCGUCCCGCGCACCAUCCCGACCACCGACGCCGAGGCCAAGCCCGCGGCCCCGCAGCAGCAGGCGUACCCUGUCGCCGCCCAGCAGGCCACCAACGGCCACUACUCCCAGCAGCCGCAACAGCAGCAGGUCUACGCCCAGCAACCCCAGACGCAGGCGUACGCGCCCGUCCAGGCCGCUGCGUACCACCACCAGACGGUGGACCCGUUGGCCGCGCACCAGACUGGUGGGAGCUAUGUCCAGCAGCCGCAGCAGCAGCAGCCGGUUGUGUACCAGCAGACCCAGUAGGCUUGAGUCGGGCUUGUUUGAGCAAGCGC